GCUCAUGAAUGUGCCGCCUGCGAGCUUCGGGAACAGUUGUCGCGGGUUAGACAAGAGGCUCCACCUCUUAAAGCCAAAGGGCGACCUGUUGAGGAAUUUUUCUUCAAAGAACGUUAUUUGACCCAGGAGAUUCUCCGCUAUGAUACGUACUGUCAUCUGUUACGUUCCCGUCUCCCUGGUGGAGGAUGUGAACUAGGCGGAGCACCUUCAGAUUCCACUUCUGGCGUACAUUCCAAAUCCGAUAUCGCUGAUGAUUUGGAUAAGAUGAGCUACCGUGAAGCACUAAAUCAUCAUUGA